UACCUUUCGGAGGAGAGGAAUGGAGUGCUCCAGGAACUCUAUCCUCCUCGAGACGCGCUUACAAAACUUUACAACUUCGGCUAUGUUGUCUGGAAAGAUGACAACUCGCAUGUAGAAAAACGUUUACCAGAACAGUGAGUUAAUUUUAGCUAGUUUGCCGCUAAUAAAGAAAAAAAUGGCGUCGGAGGUGAAAUUAAACGGGACUGAACUUUUGGAAGUUGACAUAUGCGACCGCGGCGUGUGUUCCGAGGACGAGAGCGGCGUUUUUGUCAACUGCGCCGCCUCCUCCCCGGAUGAUUUCUCCGGCUUCCAGCAGUGGACGAGCCCCGCCGAGUCACCUAAUGACACAUCAUCACGGUCGGUACAGCAGGUCCACAGCGAGCACGGAGCUCCGUCUGGCACCGUUACUGCCACCCAAAGGGCCAACGCGGCCGCAGACAGUGACCCCGAGUCCCGGGAAGAUGGAGUCAAGGCUCCGAGGAGCUCCAUAGUGGACUGUCUGUUGGUGGAGCUGUAUGAGACGUACAGUGGAGGCAGCAGGAGGAAUGUCGACAGCUGGGACAGCUCCACGGAGGCGUCCGGGUCUGAUGCUUUCCUGGGCCGCAGCAACUCCGGGUCCAGCUUCCUCCAGGAGCUCCAGGAGAAGCACACCAGGAGGCAUCAGAUGAACUACCUGGCCCAGAAAGCCCCGGAGGAGCUGCGUUCAAUCAUCCAGGAGGUGAAAUAUCGAACAGGCCUGCAGUCGGCCAAGCUGAUCCGCCAGCUGAGGCGACGCGACCGACUUUGCCACAAACUGCAGAAGAACUACGACAUCAUCACAGCGUGCCUUCAGGCGGUCUCUCAAAAACGACGAGUCGACACAAGACUGAAGUUUACCAUUGAACCAUCACUGGGGAAGAAUGGAUUCCAGCAGUGGUACGACGCCCUUAAGGCCGUGGCUCGGCUCCCAACUGGGAUCCCAAAGGAAUGGAGGAAGAGGGUUUGGCUAACGCUAGCAGACCAGUACCUCCACAGUAUCUCUAUUGACUGGGAGAAGACGCUGCGUUUUGCCUUUAACGAGCGAAGCAACCCAGACGAUGACUCCCUCGGCAUCCAGAUCGUUAAGGACCUACACAGGACGGGCUGCAGUUCUUACUGUGGCCAGGAGGGGGAGCAGGACAGGGUGGUGCUGAAGAGGGUGCUGCUUGCGUACGCCCGCUGGAAUAAAACUGUGGGCUACUGCCAAGGAUUCAAUGUACUGGCUGCACUCAUACUGGAAGUUACUGAAGGCAAUGAGAGUGAUGCACUAAAGGUGAUGAUCUAUCUGAUUGACAAAGUGCUGCCUGAGAGUUAUUUUGCCAACAACCUGCGAGCACUGUCAGUGGACAUGGCGGUGUUCAGAGACCUGCUGCGUCUAAAGCUGCCCAGACUCUCCCAGCAUCUCCACCACCUUCAGAAAGCUGCCAACAGAGAAGCUGGAGGCAGCUACGAGCCUCCGCUGACCAACGUGUUCACUAUGCAGUGGUUCCUCACCAUGUUCGCCACCUGCCUGCCGGCGCCCACCGUGCUCAAGAUCUGGGACUCAGUGUUCUUCGAGGGUUCAGAGGUGCUGUUCCGGGCUGCCCUCGCCAUCUGGGAGAGACUGGGAGAGAGGAUCGAGUACUGUCAGACGGCGGAUGAGUUUUACAGCACGAUGGGUUGUCUCACUCAGGAGAUGCUGGAGGACAACCUCAUCGAUCCCACUGAGCUCAUGCAGGAGGUUUACUCCAUAGCAGUGUUUCCUUUCCCGCAACUGGCUGAGCUGAGAGAGAAAUACACCUACAACAUCACUCCGUUCCCUACCUCAGUCAAAUCCAAUGGAAGUGGUGGUCUGGGCAGCUGGGAGAGCGACGACGAUGUUGACAUGGAUGAUGAAGACUCUGUGGUGACGGCGCUAGGUUGCCUGGGCCCCCUGGGUGGCCUGCUGGCCCCCGAGCUGCAGAGAUACCAGAAACAUCUGAAAGAGCAGCGAGCAGAGCAGGGGAACAUCGCAGAGCUGAGCCCGGGAGCAGUGGGAGCUGGAGGGGUAGGAGGUGGAGGAGGAGGAGGAGGAGGAGGAGGGGGAGGGGGGGGUGCCAGGGCGGAGCAUAAAGCAGCAAUCAACAGCAUGAUGAUGGAGAGAAUGAGCACCGACAUCUACGCCCUGAAGAAGCAAUACACGCGCAUCAAAAGGCGGCAGCAGCAACAGGCUAUGCAACUGUACAUACGCACAGGACCUGGACCUGAAGUGGCCACAAAUCCACGGGUUCCUCAGGAGCGUCUCAACAAUCACAGCGACAGUACCGACCACCACGCCGACGAAAAGUGCCCCGCCACCCGUGUCCUAGCCUCCCAACUCAACCCUUCCAGCUCGGUAAUCAACCACCUCCUUCUGGGUCGGAAACCACGCGGCGGGAGCUCCAGACUCACAUCCACGAGCACAUCCACACUACCGGGGUCUCGAUCCAUUUCUCUGUCCCAGAGUCAGGGCUCCCCGGCCAGGCAGCGCUGUGGCUCGCUGCCCUCCAACGGUACUGGCUCUCCAGGGAGCUCCGGAGGAGGCGUGGGGUCGCCCUGGCGUGCUCACGUCCGGGUACACCGAAGGAACAUCGCCAGGGCUCGAGCACAGCUGGGCUUUGGAGAUUCAGAGGAAAGGGAAGAUGAGGAGGAGGAGAGGGAAGAUGGAGAAUCAGUGAGAUCGGAGGGUGAAGAGGAGAGGAAGAUUGAGGAAAAGGAUGAGGAGGAGCACAAAGAGGGCAGUGACUCCUCUGUGUCUCCUGACCCCUCUGGUACAGGGUCAGUAUGUGAAGAACCUCCACAGGAUGGGGAUGGGACAAAAGAAGCAGAAGUUGCAGAGGUGGUGGUGCAACUGGACUCCCUGGAUCUCGAUCCGACCUCUACCAGCAACGUCAACCCAGAUACACAACGCACAAGACCAGAGUCUAAACCUGUACCCCAAGUCCCUCUCCUCCCUCCUCCGCCAUCCUCAAACAGACACAAAGAGUCUGACUCCUCAGGUUCGCAAAGAAACACCGCCUCUGACAGACACUUUCCCUCCAUUGCUUUACCUCCACCUCACCACUCCUUCAACCCUUCUUCCUCACCUUCCACCUCGAGUCCGUCACCCUCUACACCUCCCUCCACCCCAACACCAAGCUCCUCAUCCUGCCUCCCGUCAUCCCCUUCAGCUGACGGCCUCUCUUCUCUCCCUCUUCCCGUAUCCUCCACCUUUUACAAAACCUCCUCCCCCUCCACUCCAUCACUUUCCUCUGUCUCCUCAUCAUCCAGAUCUCACAUGUCCUCCUCCCCGUCCACCCCGGCGUUCCCAUCCACCAGCGCCUCCACCCCUAAACAGCAGGUCUUUUCCCCCUUCCCGAGCGUGAAGCAGCCCAGGAAAUCAGCGGCAGCCAGAAAUCUCGGCCUCUACGGUCCAACGUCCAGAACACCCACAGUUCACUUCCCUCAGCUCAGCCGCAACCUCAACCGUAGUAGUGGUGCCGGCACCACCGGGAGGCGAUGAAAACCUCUGCACCCCUGAACUGACGCUAGAAACACACAGUCAUUAGAUGAUGUUAAAAAUCAUUCUAUAACUACACCGUGUUGCCUCCUGCAAAUCAAGAAAACAACCCUUUUCAUAUCUGAGGUAGAUUGAAAGUUGUGGAAAUGUUCAGAUGUGUGCAGAAAUCGCUUGAUUAUUAUUGAAAUGAAAAGAUUUCAGCUGAAAAAGUCGUCAUCCUGAAAUUCACAAGCCAUCACAGACAAACAUUUAAGAGUGGGUUAAUGGUGAAGUGUUAAGGAAACUUCUUCAUGUUUUUGUUCAGUGUUUGAACCACAUUUGUGAUGCACAGCUAAGCUAACACAGGACUAUAGGACUAUUACAGUAUCAAGCCCUUUACAGUGGCCUAUGCAGGUCCUUCUUGACCAUAAUGGAUACAUGAUUAAAAAAAACCCCCACAAGAUAUCAUAUGUGAAAUGUGUUUUUAGGACUCUGAAAAAUUGCAUUUGUACUGGACAUCUGUAUCUCUUCAAUAACAGUUUGUGAACCCUGAGAAAAAGAUUCUCCCUGGACUGAAACAUGAAGAUUCCAGGACAAAUGAUUCCUUCUGGACUCACAGGGACCAUAUGUGGCCACAUGAUGAACCAUGUUUUUUCCUACGAGAUUACACAACAGCCAUCCCGUUGUUUCUAUGCCAAGUGUUUAAAAAAAGUAACCCAAGUAGAGAUUUGCUGUAAAUGAAGAACCAUAAAAAAAUUGUGUGUACCCCUCAAAAAACUUCCCAGUCUUAAAACGUUUCAUGUCCUGAAGCACUUAACGUUUUUUGUUUUGUCUGAUGGUGAAAUCAUUCUGUAUGUACACUCCCUCUCUGUAACCUCACUAUUGAACACAAGGAAUGUAAUAUGUAAGUCAAUAAUGGAGUAAGCAUGAAUGGGAAUGCUAGUUUUGUUUUGGCCAGUGGGGUGGGAAUACUGUGGAAUUUACUAUAUUAAACCACACUGGUUGCUGUGUUCACAUAAAAUAAACCUGCACAGCACUUAAAAUGAGACCUCAACGUUGAGUUCAAGUAUAUUCAGUAUAGUCCAUCCACACCACAGCAUUCUUACUUGGAAACUUGCCACAAAGCUGAUGCUUCUUACUUGACUUUAAAUGUAGUCCAGUCUGGCAAAUACAAGGAAAACCCCAGUGGUUAGUCAUGUCAUGUCCUGUCCUGGAGAAACAACAACCGCUCUACGAAAAAAAAAUGCAGCUGAAGCACAACAUACUGCUUCAUUGUUUUUACAUUGUAGACUUUUACAUAAAUGAAUCAACUUUGUCCAUCACUUUUUCUAAAUUAAAAAUACAAGCCAAACAUUUAUUGCAACUUUGGACUUUUCCAGAUUGCACAAAGACACUUCUUAAAUGGGGUGACAAAUUUUCGGUUGAUUGAAUGAAGACCAUUUUUAACUUGUUUUUCAAGUUGCUUAAUUCGUGUAUCAACCAAAGAUUGUAGCAGGAAGUGACGUUGUUGCAUGACCUAUUACUGUAAUUGUAAAAAAAAAAACCCAAACAAAAACCCCAAAUCAAUUAGUUCAUAUUUUUUUUAUUAAUUUUUAAUGUCGUUAAAUUGUUAUUCAGAAUUGAAGAAGUGAAUCUACAAUAAUUUUCUGAAUCAUUCUUGUAAAACUUCAUUCAUAAUGUAAUAAAGUAAUUUUUCCUGCAUUGAUCAAUGUCAGGAAGAGGAAGAAGUGCGCACCAAGGUGAUGCCACUUCCGGUUGCCAUCUUUGUUUUGAUUAAUAAAACGGUUGAAUGAAACGUGUUGAAAUAGCGAGUUUAAAACCUGUAUCACAGAUGGAAUAUUUUUCCUUCCAGUUGACCCGAAGAGUUUUGAAUGAAGGUGUAAAUGUAUUCAAAACAGUGGUAAGUGUUGUCGGUCGACUUCGCGGGGUUUUUAAACUUAGACUUGUGUUAAGGCUAUCUUUGAGAAGCUUUUAGCUAACCGUUAGCUGCUAACGGUUAGCAUUACGUGUCUCCAAACUUCAGAUGUAAAAACGGCCAGUAACGUUGCAUAAGAGUCACUAACUGGGUCCGAACCAUGCGUUAAGUACGCUUUUACGUUCUGUAAAACGACCUUUAUUAUCAUAUAAAGUGAAGUGUGGUCUGUGAGAAGCUACAGAGCAGUUUGCCUUGAUUUGGAUUAAGCUAGCUAAUUCAGCUAGCUAGUCCAAAACAGGGCUACGGAGAAGUUGACUUCAGGGCUGUACAUUCUCAUAUUGUCAUUUUUAAACCAAUGCAGUUGACAUAAUGUUGAUGGAAAUAAGUUGUGCUAACAAUUUACAGAGAUGAGAUGUGUAUCACUCAACACAGUUUUCAUAAGUUUGGGGAUUUCUGCUGCAGUUGCUUUCCAUAGUGCUAAUGUAUGUGAAAGUGUUAGCAUUCAGGACCAGAUUCAGUAGUUCUGUAGGGACAAGGGGAUGUGUUUGUCUUCUCAUUUUUAACUCUGCACCUGUCAGCCACCACAAGUGUAUUAUUCCCACCUACACCUACAUGCCAUCAAGUACUGUAUCUGCUAUUGCGUAACAUUGUUAAUUUUAUUUCUUUUACGACCUGAUAAAAAUGUUUGUUGCCACCGUUUUGUCUUCGGUAGCCAAAUGUCUGCGCCAGGAUGUUGCGCUGCGUGGUUCAGUUAAUUCUCAUAUUGUGUUGAAAAAAUGGAAGUGCACUGAAAAAGCUUUCUGCUUUGUCUCGUUUCCACUGCCAUAGUUCAGUACUGACUGAUUGUUGGUUGUUACAGGGAAAACCUUAUUUUUGUUAUUUCAUCACAACACGUCAUUUUACUCCUCAAUCCUGUUACUCACUAACCCACAUGAAUGCUGUAAUUUAAUGACACCAACAUGGUUGUCUGCUGAAUUUAGUUUCUAAGUAGCAGUUGUGUCUAGUGUGUAUGUGUGGGUCUUUGACUUGACUGUUCACCCUGUGAGUGAAUACAUGUUAAAUGCAAAUGAUACCACAUAUGUCACGCCAAAGUAUGCUUGAUUACUGGGAAGAGGUUUGAUGUCAACUGAGGGCACUACUGCACUCCAAUAAAGAAAUACUUGGAAGAAAGAGACGUAGCUAAGUUCCCUGCUUUUCUGUUUAAAUGCCAUGUGCAGUACUGUUGUGUAGUAAUGUGUAUUCUUACUGGUUAUGAGGUGUUAUUGUAACCGACAGAUUCCACAAGCCUUGCGUUGGUGACAGUUGGUGGUGGCAUUAGGUCUGUAGAAAUCUUGUCUUAACAUCUAUAAAUGUGUGAAGCUG